GUCGUGCUCUGGUCUGCCAACAGCCAUUUGCCUCCCUAUGGACCCACCUUCGCGAGCUACAAUCUGUGGAAUCUCUUGCUACCUACCCGCCCUGGACAGUGCUGUUCUCCGGAUCGUUCCUGCAAACUGUGUUUUCUGCACCUUGCAGCUUGUAUGACUGAAACCUGCCUUAGAGUCCCUCAUCUGCACAUCCUCCCGUGUGCGUGGUGAGGACUCCUUGCAGCAGAACUUCUGACCCAGACAAGGAUGGGACUUACAGGGCAAAGUCAAAACUGAGCUGCAUUCAGCGAGAUGCCCAACGCCUCUUCCUGGAGUGCUAGCUCGCCUCUGCUGCUGCUCUGGGAGGACUCCUCCGGGACCCGCAUCUUUCUCUCGCUGCUCUACGCAGUCUUAGCUAUCUCAGGGACUUUAUCCAAUGUGAUGGUCAUCUAUUUGGUCUUCUCCUUCAAGAAGCUGCAGACAACCAGCAAUGCCUUCAUCGUGAACGGCUGUGCGGCAGACCUGAGCGUGUGCGCCCUGUGGAUGCCCCAGGAGGCUGUGCUGGGGCUGCUGCCUCCCAAUUCCUCCUCCCUUCGCUCGGCGGAGUACCGGCUGCUCCGAGGGGGGCUCCUGGGCCUCGGCCUCACCGUCUCGCUGGCCUCGCACCUGCUGGUGGCUUUCAACAGGUACGUGCUCAUCACCAAGCUGCCCAGCGUGUACCAGGCCCUCUACCAGCGGAAGCACACGGGCUGCAUGAUCGGGCUCUCCUGGGCCCUCGCCCUGCUCCCGGUCCCGCUGCUGCCCGGGCUCUGGACCCUGGGCUCAGCGCAGUCGGACGGCAGCUCUCGCUACACCGCCCUGCUCCUCGCCCUGGCCGUGCUGGGCCAGACGGCGCUGCUGCUGCACUGCUACCUCGGCAUCGUGCGGCGGGUGCGGGGCAGCGCCAAGCGGGUCAGCGUCCUCAACUUCCACCUGCUCCACCAGCUGCCCUUCCCCGCCGCCCCGCCGCCGCCCCGCCGCGCCCAGCGCCGCCUCAGCAGCGUCUCCGUCCUGCUGCUCUGCUGCGUGUUCCUGCUGGGCACCCAGCCCCUGGUGUGGGUGAGCCUCCUGGGCUUCUUCCUGCGCCCGGCGCCGCCGGCGCUGCAGGCCGCCAGCUGGCUGCUGCUCUGCUCGCUCUCGGCGCUCAACCCGCUGCUCUACACGUGGCGCAGCGAGGAGUUCCGCCGGGCCGCCCGCUCCGUGCUGCCCCGCGCCGAGGGCCCGCCGGCCGCCCCUCGCCAAAGCGCCGCCGCGGGCGCCGCCGCCGCCCCGCCCUGCCCACAGCUGCCGCGCCGGCGGGGCACGGCCACGGGCACAGGCAUGGCCACGGCCACGGGCACCGGGAGCGGCCCCAGCGCCGCGGCCGCGCCGCGCUGA